AUGUUCGGCCGCACUUUAUUUGCCUGGGUGCGGCCGUCGCCCGAAGCGCCCGUCGCCGAAAGCACCUGGAACCCCACCAGCCUGGAGAUGCAAGAGCCACGCCGCAUAGCAGCUUCGGCAAACAAUGAGCUGAUCACCGAGCAACCGCGCAUGGGCGAGCCAAUGGUCCGACUACGAGGCGGGGGCGAAGGAGAGGACGUGUGCGGGUGUGAGCUGUUUCGAAUGCUUCUCGUGCUGCGACUGCUGCUGCGACUGUUGCGACUGCUGCGGGGGUGGGGGAGGUCCCGGAGGCCCGCCCGGCCCGGGUCCGUGACCAUGGCCUUAUAA